GCUCAUUCAUUUAGGGCAAGUCGAUGGCGCUGAGCGAGGUUCUUCAUCCAGAGGCAACGAAGAGGGCGAUUUCCAGGCGACCCAUGAGCGAUCGCCUCGAUUUCACCGGCCAGAUCCCCAGGGUAUGUAAAUUCUGGCAACAGGGGCGAUGUAGCAAGGGUGCUGGCUGUGGAUUCGUGCACGGUGAAGCUGAUUCCGGGGAGAGUGCUCCUCUCCCGCUGGAGAGGCCUAGCAGGAAGCGGAGUGUCGCCGCCGCGGAUCCCAGUAGCAGCGCCAGCGGCAGCCGCCCCGUGUUGAAGAAGAACACAUGGAUCAAAGAGGGUCUGGCAGACAAGGCGAGGGUCAUUGGGUUUGAUCAAACGAAGGGGCCCGAGAUCAUCAAGAGCAAGAAGAUCAUCGUCGAUCCAGCAGCUCUUCCACCGCCUCCAAAGCUCAAGAGAUCUUCGUCGACAGAGGCACUGAUAUUGGGAUCAAAGAAGCCGGCAAGGAAACCAGGAACUUCGCCUUCUCCUCACACCCAAAGGGCUUGUGCGUAUUGGCUGGAGGGGUCGUGUAGAUAUGGGGAGAGGUGUAAGUUCCUCCACGCUGCUACCACCGUCACCGGAUUGGCGCUCCUCACCACGCUCAAAGAGCACAAGGAGAGCAUCACGGGAAUAGCUAUGGUUCCAGACUCGGCAGUGCUCUUUACUGGUGCUACCGAUGGAACUCUCAGGGCCUGGGAUUGCAACUCGGGGACCGUGUCAGAUACUCUGAGGCUAGAGGGCCCGGUGGAGGCACUGGCCAGUGGUUUUGGCUGGAUUUUCGCCGGUGCUGGCCACGAAGUCCUGGCCUGGAACGUCAAGUUCUCGCAGCAGACACUACAAGCUCGAGCACCGGGAAACGUGAACGCUCUAGCAGUUGGCAAAGGCUUGCUGGUGGCGGGGCUUGGCUCGGGAGAAGUUUGCGCGUGGGAGUUUGGCAGUGGAGAGCUCAAAUCUACAGGGACGUUGAGCAAACAUCCCAGCGCUGUCACGGCACUCACUGUGGCUGGAGGUCGCGUCUACUCGGGCUCCAGGGACGGAUCCAUCAGAGUUUGCGAGGCCGAGACUGGGAAGAGCUGUGCAACCAUCGUCAAGGCUCACGCUGGCGAGCUAACGGGCCUGCUGUGUUGGGAGUCCUUCCUCCUGUCUUGCUCGCUCGAUAGCUUCAUCAAGGUGUGGGCCGCGACUCCGGCUGGAACUUUGGAGAACUACUUCACGUUUCCGGAAGGAGAGGAGGAGAUUGUGGGACGAAGCGGAGUAACAGGGAUGUGUGGGAGCGUCGAUAGCGAUGGCAAGCCCGUGCUCGUUUGCUCGUACCGCGACUCAACAGUGAAGGUUUACGGGCUACCAUCGUUCGAGGAAAGAGGCGCCUUGUUCUCAAGCGCGGAAGUCAUCAGCCUUUCCUCUGCGGCUGCUGGCAACAAUCUAGUCUUCUCGGGCGACAAGCAAGGCGCUGUGAAAGUCUGGAAGUGGAGCAAGGAUUUGAUUAAGUAGCUCACCAGCGAUUGUAAAGUUUACUAGGCAAACAAGCGUGCAUUGGAGCGUUUGACAAAAUAUGUAUUAAGAGUAAAGAUGGUUUUUUGUCUAUUUAAACCAAGUGGCUGUUUUAAGUUCAA